CGUGGGGAAAACCGGCGCACGCCAUCGCUUGCGUGCGCGUAGCAUUUAACCAACCACACAACUCUCCCCCAAUCCCCACUCCUCCCCCCACCCCACCAUUUCUCGCAUCCAUUUCUCCGGCCGCGAUCGAUCCCGUCCGCUCCGCCUCCGCCGCCGCUCGCCGUCCGUGAAUCCCGUUUGCUGCUGUCUGCGCUCGUGUCAGGACAGGCGAUGGCGAGGAGCUCGUUCAAGCUGGAGCACCCCCUCGAGAGGAGGCAGGCUGAGGCCAACCGCAUCAGGGAGAAGUACCCCGACAGAAUACCUGUCAUUGUUGAGAAGGCCGAGAGAAGCGACAUCCCAGACAUUGACAAGAAAAAGUACCUUGUUCCUGCCGACCUCACAGUUGGACAGUUUGUCUAUGUGGUACGGAAGCGGAUCAAGCUCAGCGCUGAGAAGGCGAUCUUCAUCUUUGUAAAGAACACCCUCCCACCAACAGCCGCUCUGAUGUCCGCCAUCUACGAGGAGAACAAGGACGAGGACGGGUUUCUCUACAUGACCUACAGCGGUGAGAACACCUUCGGGCUGUUCUAAGCGCACGGCGUCGCGAAUGGCCUCGUCGCAAAUGCCUCCUGUAAAUACAUAUCUGAAGAACCUGUGUACAUAAUCUGGUCCGCCUUUGUCGCAAGCAGCUCUUAAGCUGUGUUCUACUGUUAAAAAAGGACCUUUGAAGCGUAAAAUGCUCAGCACAUUUAUGUAGCCCUCUCACCCUCUGGCUAAACUUGUCCUAUGCUUCAGAAAUCCUAUCAAGUGUUUCUCCCUGAUGUUAGUUA